AUUGCACAUUUUGUGAGGAGGUAGAAACCUCAACUCACCCCCCAGGAGCAACAAUUGCACUUUCAGUAACUGCACUUUAACUCAUUGUCCCGUCCGUUCGGAUUACAACUACAAGCCCAGACCCUCUGCGCCGCAUUCGGACCGCUCUGCACCUCUGAGCCCUAUAAUAUCAUGGGAAAGGAAAGCCUGCUGCUAUUUCUGUGGAUAUACGUCGCGAAAACGUGGGCUAGCCUUGCAAUCUCCACUGAAGCCACCUCUUUAAGCAAUACCACUGACUGGGUUGUAGACUACAGUAACAUUCAAACCAAAUUCUCCCUCCGAACUGCGGACGAGCCAGAGGACGAUCUCUGCUACCUUGUGCCUGGUCAGCCCGAAACGAUCUCGCAGUGUAACUUCAACCCCAACGAACAGACUUUCCUAGUCAUUCAUGGCUGGACGGUGACAGGGAUGUUUGAGAGCUGGGUCUCCAAGCUGGUAUACGCCCUGUACAAGAGAGAGCCCGCCAGCAAUGUCAUCGUGGUGGACUGGCUGCACAGAGCCCAUCAGCAUUACCCCACCUCUGCAGCCUACACCAGGCUGGUUGGGCAGGACCUGGCCCAUUUUCUCAACUGGAUCGAGGCUGAGCUUGAUUACCCUCUGGAGCGCUCUCACCUGCUGGGGUACAGCCUGGGUGCCCACGUGGCUGGCAUUGCAGGGUAUCUGACCAAGAAAAAAGUCAACCGCAUCACAGGUCUGGACCCCGCUGGCCCUAACUUUGAAUACGCCGACGAGCAAAGCAGUCUGUCUCCGGACGAUGCCGAGUUUGUGGACGUCCUGCACACCAACACUCGGGGCUCCCCAGACCUGAGCAUAGGAAUCAAGAGGCCCGUCGGCCAUGUGGACAUUUAUCCCAACGGCGGAAGCUUUCAGCCAGGGUGCGACUUGCACAAAGCGAUGUACAUGAUUGCUGCUGCUGGCUUUAAAGAGAUGGACCAGCUGGUGAAGUGCUCCCACGAGCGCUCCGUCCACCUGUUCAUCGACUCGCUGCUGAACGAGCACAAGCAGAGCCUGGCCUUCCGCUGCGGGGCCAAGGAGACCUUCGACAGGGGGCUGUGCCUGAGCUGCCGCAAGAACCGCUGCAACAAGGUGGGCUACGAAGUCAAGAAGGUGCGCAGCCGCAGAAGCAGCAGGAUGUACCUCAAGACCAGGGAGAUCAUGCCUUACAAAGUUUUCCACUAUCAGAUCAAGCUCCACUUCUUCAGCCAGAAGAACAUCAGCUUCACUGUGCAGCCUGUGCAGGUGUCUCUCCAUGGGACCCAGAAUGAAACGGAGAACAUCGCACUUGUCUUACCUGCGAUGUCCACCAACAAGACCAUCUCCUUCCUGCUGACCACAGACGUGAACAUCGGGGAGCUCCUGAUGGUCAAGAUGAAGUGGGAAAAGGAUUCGUACUUCUCCUGGUCCGACUGGUGGGGAAGCAGCAGCUUCAUGAUCCGCAAGCUGCGUGUGAAGGCCGGGGAGACCCAGGCCAAGGUGGAGUUCCACGCCCAAAAUGGAGACUUCGCAGAGCUGAAAAGAGGAGGAGACUUCGCCACCUUCGUCAGAUCCAAAGAAAGUCACGUGAGCAAGAGACAUGCCAGGGAGCACAGACGCAGAAUGUACGCCAGCCCCUGGGGAAAGAAGAUGGACUGAGCCGCAGGCCGGACAGAACAGCACAGCGUCGUGGGAGCGAGACUGGAGCGAAGGGGCGGCGGGGAGCUAGUGUCUGGAUGACAAGUUUGAAUUUUGUUGUCUCUGGCUCGGCUCAAGAGCGUGGGCUCUUCAGCGCCGGGCAAUCUUUGUAGCCAUUUUCCAUCUGCCCUUCGCCACUCCUCUGCGUCUCAGCACAGACUGUUGCUAUCAAGCGACCGAACAGGCGUCAUUACACAGAUCCCGAGCUUGGUCUUAGUUAGUUAACCGCAGCUUUGGAAUUAAAGUUAAGGGAGAGGAAGAAAGAAACGGUGAUCUCAGUUUUAGCACUGGCAAUGUAGAUGUCUCACCUUAUUGGCUUUUAUUUACAUAUACAUUGUAACUAGGCAACUUAUGCAAUAUAGCACUAGCAUUUUAAGAGAGCAGGCAUAUUUACUGGCUGUAUGGAAGAAUUUGGAUUCCUUCUAUCCUAAAGUGUAUUAAGUGUUGUGCUGUUUGGCCUGUUUGAAUGUACCUGUUCACUCUGCGCCACUGUGUAUUAAAUUUAUUUAUGCUUUAGAGAA